AUGGCGAGAUGCAGCCGUAAGGAACCGGUCCUUUCAAGCAAACACUUCCUUCGUUGUAGCCUUUUUGGUGCCGAAAUAAAGCUCAACCGCUGGCAAAAUUCUCUUGAAAAGAAGAUCCAGACAUUGUCGCUGCCUCGAAAUUCAAGCGAUGAAGAAGCCGCGGGACGAAAAGCUACCGAACUGCAGAGCUUUGAACUCGAUUUGAUUGCCGUGGCACACGUUUGCUCAGCCUUUAACGGGAAUCGCGGCGGGACCGGUGACAACGAGUCCGACAAAGCUCACCGACGUCAUCUGUUAGAGCCUUUAGCGCGUGUGAACGUUUGUGUGCGCUGCGUGUGUCGUCGCUCAUGCUCGUAUGUGCUGAGCUGUCGAAGCACAACGACAAGAAUGGGCGUAACUGGAAUCUGGGAACACAUGCAGAAAUACGCCGAACAAGUCCCCACAUCAACACUCAGGAACAAGACCUUAGCUAUCGAUGGCCAUAUAUGGCUGUACGAGUCAUCCCGCGGAUGUGCAAAUCACUUCAUGUCCGGCGCAUCCUAUCUCGUCACAUUCUUCAACCGAAUACAGCGGCUUGUAGAAGUGGGCGUUCGACCUGUCGUCGUUUUCGACAAAAUAACGGAUUUUCUUAGUUCCCCAACAACUCUAAACUCGCAUGUUAAAAAGUCCAAACGGAGUGGCGGUCACGGGUGGAAUCUUGAUGCACAUAACGAGUUAAAGAAACGGGUCUACAAUGCGGAGCAACUUUUGAAUAAUAUGGGUGUUUCUGUUGUCAUGGGUGGUUCCGAUGGUGAGGCACAGUGCGCUCAGUUGGAACUUGCUGGUUUGGUGGAUGGUUGUAUCACGUCCGAUUUUGAUUACUUUCUAUAUGGUGGCAGGAAUCUCUACAAGGUGGAUUUUAAAAAUGGUGGAAGAGAAGUGGAGAGCACAGUUAACCUGUUCUCUAUGGACAAAUUUGAAGCCACUCAGUGUUUGACACGUAAUCGACUAGUGGCGUUGGCUCUUCUGCUAGGUUGCGACUACUUACAAGGAGGGGUGAAUCGCGUAGGAAUAAUAACAGCAAGAGAAAUUAUCUCCGAAUUUUCUAUAAAUGAUGAUGAUCACGCGCUGACGAUAUUAGAUCGAUUCGGGAGCUAUUUUCGAGGAGAGGUACCUGAACGUGCUAGUGAUACCAACACUAAGAAGAAACUAAGAAGAGCGAAAAUAACAUUACCAGAUGGAUUUCCGAAUUCGGACAUGUUCAUCGAAGCAGCAUCUGUAUACUUAUGUCCUGAAGUAAAAGAGAAAAAAGAGCUGCCCACUCCGCCUCCUCGGAAUAUGGCUAAAGUUGAGAGCACACUUAUGCGAGAAUGCGGUUGGACGUCAAAGCGUUUCUCUCAGGAGAUAGUGAGGAGUAGAAGAAGAAGCCAGAAGAUCAAAAGCGCGUCACUCAAACUCACGGAUUUCUUCCCAUCUGUGCGACGUUCGUUUUCGACAUAUACUAAUAGCUGCGAUGUGGAUGCUCAAAAGCAUAGUAGGCGAGAGUGGGCAGCUUUGCAGCGGUUGCGAAUGAACGCUAAGCUUUAUGACAAAACUGAGGCUAUCAUCGAAGAUCCCAAAGUUUGUGAUGAAAACCCCACCAACGGAAUCCGAAGAAGACCAACCAAAAGAAUGCUAGCAGAGGGCUCAGUGUCAUGUUCAUCGCCCAAAUGUAUGCGACUAGAAGACUCACCCAAUUCUGGCUCCUCCGUACAGAUUAUCGCGAGAUAGAAGAAGGCGGACGGCACGUGAUUGAUGUAAUGAACCAAUUUCUUUCAGCAUUUAACCUAUCAGUUGAUGACGUUGACCCAGUAGAAUAGCAGUUUUUUCUCUGGUGACUUCUUUUUUGCUCUUGUUGCCUACAUUUGUAUUGUUUAUAUCUGCUUUUGCUUCACGAGGUGCAGGAAUCACUCCUUCCAGAAAACGGUUCCGUUUUUUCACACGUUUGAUAUUCUCUUGCUCAUAUGGUGUAUGCUUUCUGUUGUAGCGCUUAUUAUAGACAGCUUUACGCUAGUUCUAUGAAUAGUCUCAUCUGUGGAAGUCAUUCUGGUCAGGAAAAUAUCUUAUAUCCAUAUUAAUAGAUUUUUAUAUCAUAGAAAAUUUCGAUCUUUCCUAUCGUUUUAUUUUUCUGACCUGCUGUUUGCAGGAAGUUUAUAUUUUUGUGUUGUUACUAUUGAUAAUGAUGUGUACAUUUUUGAUGAGGGCGUUAUACUACUCAACUUUCUGCCCUUUUUAUUGAUUUUAUAAAUUCGUAAUAACAAGAGUUCUAUAUUAUUUUUUU